UGCAAUACACACAAGUGAAGGACCAAAAGCCAAACCUUUGGUGUAUUUAAUCAUCUUUAUCGGGAAAAAUACAUCACCAACAAAUGAGUAAAGUCGAAGACUAUUUCUAAAGUCGCUGGUUAAACUUUAUGUUUACAGCCGAGUAUAUCCUAACGUUAUUGAAAAGUCCGGUAGCUUUUAAACGUUAGAUUCGGUUGAAAACGUUAAGAUGCCGUCCCGUGUUGAAGACUACGAGUUGCUGUUCACCAUAGGAACGGGUUCCUAUGGAAAAUGCCAGAAAAUAAGAAGAAAAUCUGAUGGGAAAAUCCUUGUGUGGAAGGAGCUGGACUAUGGCACCAUGGGAGAGAGUGAAAAGCAGAUGCUGGUGUCAGAGGUGAACCUCCUGAGGGAGCUCAAGCAUCCAAACAUCGUGAAGUACUAUGACCGCAUCAUAGACCGGAUCAAUGCCAAGCUGUACAUUGUCAUGGAGUACUGCGAGGGUGGGGACCUGUCCAGCCUCAUCGCCCAAUGCAUCAAAGUAGGUCGUUAUUUGGAGGAGCAGUUUGUCCUGCGAGUCAUGGCACAGCUCAUGUUGGCCCUGAAGGAGUGCCACAGACGCAGUGACGGCAGGGCUACAGUCCUUCAUCGAGACCUGAAACCAGCCAACAUCUUCCUCGACAUCAAACAGAAUGUGAAGCUCGGAGACUUUGGCCUCGCGAGGAUCCUGAACCAUGACACCAGUUUUGCAAAGACAUUUGUCGGCACACCUUACUACAUGUCUCCAGAACAAAUAGACCGGAUGUCAUACAAUGAGAAGUCAGAUAUAUGGUCCCUGGGGUGUUUGCUGUAUGAACUUUGUGCAUUGUCCCCUCCAUUUACUGCUUACCGUCAAAAAGAACUUGCAGUAAAGAUCAGGGAGGGGAAGUUCAGAAGAAUCCCGUACCGGUACUCUGAGCAACUCAACAACUUACUGUGCAAAAUGCUCAACCUGAAGGACUAUCUGAGGCCCUCUGUGGAGUCUAUUCUCCAGAGCAGCCUGUUGGCCGAGGCGGUUGCUGAGGAGCUGAGGAGGGCACAGGCUCGACUCCAAAGGAGGACGGCAGACUCCGACAGUCCUCCUAACAAAGCGGCUGACCCGACACCCGCCCCCGCCGCAGAGCUCAGACUCCGGGAGCAAGCGCUACGCGACCGAGAAAAGGCACUGAAGGAACGUGAGGAGAGGCUGGAGCAAAGAGAGCAGGAGCUUUGUGUCCGUGAGCGACUGUCAAAUGAGAAACUCGCAAGAGCAGAGAGUUUACUGAAGAAUUGCAACCGCCUGCAGCAGCAGAGGGAUGGCAAAGACAUAGAUUUGGAGAACCUCUCUCCGGGCACAAAGAAAGUCCACUUUGCUGGUGAGAGCAAAGAGAACCAGCGGCCAGAUGGGCAUCCGAGCGGGACGUCCCAGGAGAUGAUUUUGAGGAGGCUGCAUGCGGCCAACCUGCGCGCUCAGACACUGAAUGAAGUUGAGAAGACAUGUCAGUUCAAGAGCAGGCAGAUACUCGGCAUCCGCUGAUCUCAAAGAUACCCCUGUCUGACAUGUGACUGAUUUGUUAAAGCCUCUGAAGGCUAGUCGUUGUAACUGGAUGUAAAUUAAGCUGUAUUUAUUUGAUGAUUCAGUAGUGAAGCAAACUGAUUUAAUCCUCUUUAUUGUC